AUGGCAACCGCCGACAUUCCGAACUUCCCCUUCCGGCGCGCCUCCGGCCUGGACCCGCCGGCCGAGUUUGCCCGCCUCCGCAGGACAGACCCAGUGUCCAAGGUCAAGCUGUACGAUGGCUCGACGGCCUGGCUGGUGACCAAGUACCGCGAUGUGUGCCAGGUUGCGACGGAUCAGCGCUUGUCCAAGGAGCGGAGAAGGCCUGGAUUCCCCGAGUUCAGUGACGGUGGCAAGCAGGCGGCUAAGCAGAGGCCGACGUUUGUGGAUAUGGAUCCGCCCGAGCAUAUGAGGCAUCGAGGGAUGGUUCAAUCAUGGUUUGCCCCUGAAAAGGUCGAGUCGAUGCAGCCGUACAUUGAGAAGACGGUCAGUGACUUGUUGGAUCGGAUGAAAGCGAAGGGAUGCGCGGACGGACCUGUUGACCUGGUGGAGGAGUUUGCGCUGCCGGUUCCCUCAUAUAUCAUCUACACCAUUCUGGGUGUUCCAUUUGAGGACCUUGAGUUCUUGACGCGGCAGAACUCGAUUCGUACCAAUGGAAGCUCUACAGCUCGAGAGGCAUCUGCGGCGGCCGAUGAACUGCUCCGCUAUCUCACACAGCUCGCCGAGAAGCGCUCGCAGGAGCCCAAGGACGACCUCGUCAGUCAACUGGUGACGGAACAAGUGAAGACGGGGAACCUCGAGAUGGCCGAUGCGGUGCAGAUGGCGUUCCUGCUGCUUGUUGCUGGAAACGCGACCAUGGUGAACAUGAUUGCGCUGGGCGUCGUCACCCUGUUUCAGCAUCCCCAGCAGCUGGCCGAGUUGAAGGCCGACCCGGCCAAGUGGGCCGCGCCGUUCGUGGAGGAGCUGUGCCGCUACCACACCGCGUCAGCGAUGGCGAUCAAGCGCACAGCCAAGGAAGAUGUCGAGAUUGGCGGGAAGCUCAUCAAGGCGCAGGAGGGCAUCAUAGCCUCGAACCAGUCGGCCAACCGCGACGAGGACAUCUUUGAGGAACCUGACACGUUCGACAUGCACCGCAAGUGGCCCAAGGAGGACCCUCUGGGAUUCGGGUUCGGCGACCAUCGCUGCAUCGCUGAGCAUCUUGCCAAGGUCGAGUUGAGAAGUGUGUUCUCACACCUCUUUAAGAAAGUACCUGGCCUCAAGCUGGCGACAUCGAUUGCGGAGAUCCAGUAUAUGCCGCUGCAUCGCGAUGUUGGCAUUGAGAAGCUGCUGGUGACCAUUUAA